AUGGAGGAAUGUCCUCCGGUUCUUAGUACAAUAGCAAACAGAAAUGUUCGGGACAUUUAUGAAAGGUGGGUAAGGGCUAAUGAGAAAGCUUGGGCCUACAUCUUAGCAAGUAUAUCUGAUGAACUUAAUAAGAAACAUGAGGUUAUGCCUAUCGCCCGUGAGAUAAUGGCAUCACUUCAGGAGAUCUUCGGGCAACCGUCAUCCUCUGUUCGACAUGAAGCCAUUAAGUAUGUCUAUGUUACUCGCAUGAAAGAUGUUACUCACAUGAAAGAUGGAAUUAACGUUAGAGAACAUGUUCUCGAUAUGAUGGUCUAUUUUAAUGUUGCUGAGGCACAUGGGGCGAUGAUAGAUGAAACAAGUUAG